CCUAACCCUCUCUUCUUCCUCAUGCGUGCAAGCCAUUCUCUAAUUUUCUCUCCAUUUCUUGCUCAUUAACGGUUUCAAUUCUCUUCAAGCUUCUUCAAUCUUCUUUCUCUCUCCACAUUUACGUCGUUUUUCUUUCUCUAAAGCCUAACCCAUCCAUUUUCUAAUCUCUCUAAAACAAAAAAUAUCUUAACAAAAAUCUGGUUUCUUUGUCUCUUCUUCUUCUUCUAAUCUCCUCUGUUCUUUUGUGCAGUAUAUAAUAACAAAAAAUAUCUCAUUUUAUUCUGAGAUUUCUAGGAUUCUUCCCAUCUGGGUUUUGUUCUUCUGUUCUGAAUCUGAACUGGGUUUAGAUUUUUCUUUUUUCCUCAAAUUUCUAACUCUUUUCAAAAGAAAUCAUUAAAACACUGCAUUUCUGGGUUCGGCUCUGUUUCAUGGUUUACCAAUAGUGUGAUUAAUUUAGGACUUGAUAUCUGAAGUUAUGGGAGGACAUAUGAGCAAGAAAGCAGCUGAAAGUUCAACAGAAAUCAGUAACUUCCAGUACACAACUGAGCUAACAUCUUAUGAAGCAGCCUGUAAAACUGAUAGAGAUUUGCAGUCCUUUGACACAAACCUCCAUGCUAAAACCAGUCAUGUGAUCAACAGCUUAGCAGUCGGUGUCGAAGUCCGGUCUCUUUCGUUCGGUUCGAUGAAGGAAGUCACUGAAUGCUUGCUGGAGAUGAACCAGGAAGUUGUGAAGGUCAUCUUAGAGUGCAAGCAAGAUAUAUGGAAAACACCAGAAUUGUUUGAACUUGUGGAGGAAUACUUUGAGAACAGUUUACAAACCCUUGAUUUCUGUGCUGCAUUAGAGAAAUGCCUUAAAAGGGUUAAAGAUAGCCAGUUGCUUAUAAUGGUGGCUAUGCAGCAGUUUGAGGACGAGGGUGGUGCGGGGGAAACGAGGUACUCGAAAACUUUGGAAGAACUGAAGAAUUUCAAGGCUGCUGGUGACCCUUUUACAGAGGAGUUUUUCCAGAUAUUUCAAUCUGUAUAUAAACAGCAAGUCUCAAUGCUUGAGAAGUUGCAACUUAGGAAGAGUAAACUGGAUAAGAAGUUGAAAUAUGUUCAUGCUUGGAAGAAGGUGUCUAACAUCAUAUUUGUCGCCACCUUCGCCGCAGUUCUGAUCUGCUCCGUGGUGGCGGCUGCCACCAUGGCCCCGCCAGUUGCAGCGGCUGUAGCAGCUGCAACAGCGAUCCCUGUGGGGUCCGUGGGGAAAUGGAUUGAUUCCCUUUGGAAGAACUAUGAGAAUGCAUUGAAGGGACAAAAGGAGGUCAUUAGUAGUAUGCAGGUAGGGACAUAUAUUGCUAUCAAGGACUUGGAUAACAUCAGGGUGUUGAUAGAUAAACUGGAAAUCGAGCUUGAAUCGCUCCUAAAAACUGCUGAUUUCGCCAUCACUGAAGAUGCUGUUAAGAUUGGGAUUGAAGAGAUAAAAAAGAAGAUGGCUGUUUUUACGAAGAAUGUCGAAGAUUUGGGUGUUCAAGCUGAUAUCUGCAGUAGGGAUAUCAGAAGAGCAAGGACUGUUGUCCUGCAGAGGAUCAUCAAGCAUCCUAACAACUGAAAAAGAAAGACUAACUUCAUAAUUUCAUCCAUUGUUAUGUUGUUUGUGUUAGACACUUUGAAUUUUAAUUACAUUAUUUGUAAUGCCUAAAAUUGAAUUAUUAUUCCAAAACCUGGGAUUUAGAUUCCUUUGAUGCACAUAUUAUUCACUAAAUAAAGAUAUUCUUCAUUUUAGUAGUUCAA